AUGGAAUUUAAAGGAAUAAGAGGAAGAUUAGAUAAGAAACAUAACGACAGAUUAAUUGAAAGUAUUAAAAAGCAGUUCAGUAGGUUUGAGCCGAUAGGAGCAAGCAUGAGACGAAAAGAGAGAAUACCUUCAAGUGUAGACAGAGCUUUUGAUGAAAUGCUGAAGGCACAAAAGAGCUUUAAUUUCCAAAGGAGGGAAAUCAAUAAGACUUCUAAAUCCGCUAGGGUUCUACCAAGCAUUAAACCAAAAGUUCCGAAAUAUUUACUAGAAAUUGCCUCAGAAAAACAGUUAAGAUCAAAAUCGAAUUUAAGACCUUCUAAAAAAUCCGAAAAAUAUUUUACCCUCAAAAAAAGGUUAUCACCAAUUGCGGAAUCGAAAAAAAGACUGCAUCGCUAUAAAUCUCCAAAAAUUAUUAAACAUAAAUCCUUGGCAAGCAUUUUUGAUUUAUGUAACUCUCCAAAAGAGAUAACUGAAAAACCACUGAAAAAGAUCAAAUUGCCGAAAUUGAAAAAACUUCCUUCAAAGACCCCAGAUUUAUUUUCAAAACGCUCAAGUAGGUCCAAGCUAUGGCCGAUUGAGCUUACAAAUGUGUAUGACGACGAAUUUAUCUCAAAAAUCUGUAGAGAGACGAAUGAGACUUCUUACUUUAUUGCCUGCAAACUUGGAAAACCUAAAAUAUGGCACUAUAAAGGCGGCACACUUCCAUAUAAAUUUGAGCAUGAGCUUCGUGGCUUGAUUCAUGGAAAUCUAAUAUAA